AGGUUGGAAAAGACCAUUGAGAUCAUCAAGUCAAGAUGUGUCACCUGGGGACAGUUUAGUAGGCAUGAUGGUGUUGGGCUGACAGUUGAACUCUGUCAUCUUAGAGGUCUUUCCAAACUUAGUGAUUCUAUGUUUCUAUUAUUUGUAGUGAUUUCAGGCCAGCUGUGUGACCUGCUAUAACCUGAGCUACCAGGGCAAGGGGAGACUCUUUCAAUAGAUUUUCAGGAGCUGUGCUUUUUUUAAUCCUUGUGAAAGAAGGUGAUAAGAGUAAUGAAAAAUCCAUUAUUGCAUGUUUUUUCUUUUGUAGUUGUGUUCACCUUUAUAAAGGGGAUGCGAGAUGCUACUAAAUCAAGUUUUUCGCUUCUGUACGGUUGGGUGUGCUUCUCUAACACAGGAAUCAAGGCAAACUAUUGGUUUCUGUGCCUGCGGAAUUGAGCCUCGGCUAUGCUGUGACAGGCAAGGCAGAGAGUUUAGCGCCAGUUCAGAUGCAGACCAGGGGAAGGUUCUGCUGUCUCAUCAAUGCAGAUCACCAGCAUGGAAGUUAAAACCAGUGAAGAUCGUUUGAAAGUACAUAAAAUGAAGAAGAAGGUAUUGAGGAAACAGCUCAGAGCUCAGCAUACACUGAUGAGACAUGAGGGCAUCAAGUGCAUCUCCCAUGCCGCGCAGAGCCUAGUUAUUUCCAAUGCUGGUCUCGGUAAUGGGAUGAGUAGACACCAACUGCUCCGGAUAGUAGAAGAAUAUGGGUUGGUGGAAACACUUCUAAUGCCACCGAAUAAACCAUAUUCAUUUGUAAAGUAUGGGACAACAGAAGAAGCCAAGAAAGCCUUUGAUGCCCUUAAUGGAAAAGAAGUAACACUGGAAGACUUUGGCCAAAACAUUGUCUUAUAUAUUAAUUUUGUGGAAAAAGUUUUCUGGCAGAAUGCUGUUCCUACAAGCCUGCCUCCAGGCCUAAUGGUCAUUGAAAAGAUUAUUUCUCCGGAGGAAGAAAGGAGGAUGUUGGAAAGUAUUGACUGGAUAGGAGAUGAAGAUACUCAAAAUGCCGAGAAGACUUUAAAGCAUAGAAGAGUAAAACAUUUUGGAUACGAGUUUUGCUAUGAUAACAACAAUGUUGAUAAAGACAAACCUUUACCUGGAGGUCUUCCUGAAAUUUGUGACCUAUUCUUGGAGAAGUGCUUGAAGCAGGGAUAUAUCAAGCAUAAACCUGAUCAACUGACCGUAAAUCAGUAUGAACCUGGACAAGGAAUUCCUCCACAUAUUGAUACACAUUCGGCUUUUGAGGAUGAAAUAAUCUCUCUCAGUUUAGGAGCUGAGAUUGUAAUGGAUUUCAAACACCCUGAUGGCCGUACAGUGGCAAUUAUGCUGCCACGAUGCAGUUUAUUGGUUAUGGCUGGAGAAUCCAGAUACCUGUGGACACAUGGGAUAACACCCCGAAAAUACGAUGUCAUUCAGGCAUCUGAGCUUGGGCAAAAAGUUGGAACAAUCACUGCUGACGUUGGAGAUCUAACACUAAAUCGAAGGGGAACAAGGAUAUCAUUUACAUUCAGGAAAGUGAGGAGAAGCCCUUGCAAUUGCUUUUACCCAUCUGUCUGCGAUAGCCAGAAAGGACAGCAAACACAGGUACAACCUUCGUUUCCCCACAGUGAGAUGGAGGCCUCAAAGCUGGAGCAAGAAUAUGUACACAAGGUGUAUGAAGAGAUUGCCAGACACUUCAGCAGUACCAGGCAUAGCCCAUGGCCCCGAAUUGUGGAGUUUCUCAGGUCACUGCCUAAAGGGUCAAUAGUGGCUGAUGUUGGUUGUGGUAAUGGGAAAUAUCUAGGCAUCAACGAGGAUUUGUACAUGAUUGGCUGUGAUCGCAGCAAAAACCUGGUGGAUAUUUGUGGAGAAAAAAAUUUCCAGGCUUUUGUCUGCGAUGCCCUGUCGGUGCCAAUCUGCAGUGGUUCUUGCGACGCCUGCAUCUCUAUUGCUGUAAUCCACCAUUUCUCAACAGCGGAGAGAAGACUGGCUGCUAUCCGUGAACUAGCCCGGCUUCUAAGACCUGGUGGAACAGCACUCAUUUAUGUCUGGGCGAUGGAACAAGAAUACAAAAACCAGAAGUCUAAAUACCUUAAGGAAAAGAGUGGUAGUAAAGACAAGGAGGAGGAAAUCGGUACUGGCACAACCCAGAGACUGCUUAGUGAUCAAAUGCCUAAUAACAGCAGCCAAGACUCAGCAUGUUCCGACCGACUCCUUAAUGACUCAAAGGACAAAGGCUGUGACGCAAAGGCAGUCACAGGCUCCAGACUGCCUGUUCACACUAACCGAACCUCCUUUCACUCUCAAGAUAUGCUCGUUCCAUGGCACCUGAAAGGUGACACUGAAAAGAAAGGGGGAAGUGUCAGUACAACGUCGUUUCCAGCUGGCUUGAAGGAAAUGCAAGAUCUCAGCUCUGUUUUCCACCGUUAUUACCAUGUGUUCUGUGAAGGGGAGCUGGAAGCAUCAUGCAGAUUGUUGGAUUGUGUGAGAGUUCAAAAGAGUUACUAUGAUCAGGGCAACUGGUGUGUGGUUCUGGAGAAAUUGUAGCCUGUGGUGUUUCUUCCACUAUUUGUGGUGAUUUAUUUGUUUUUUACAGUGUAAAAGGUAUUUUUAAUGCAGGCUGCCGCUAUUACCUCUUUUAAAAUAGCGGAAUAAAGAUUGUUUAUUGAAUUAAUAAUAGGAACUGACACUAUGUGCAUAUGUUAACAAAAUAAUGGCCAAACUCAUACUACCUCUGCAGAGUAUUUAUUUUACUUUUGUGAAUUACAAUGAAGAGGAUUCAGUGGGAAAAUACUGGCCAUGGAAAGCAGUAAGGUCGUUGUUGAGCUGGUAUAGCUGUAGUGGCCUCCUUACAGCCCACAGCUAAUUGGAAUGGUGCUCUGGACGGAAAUAAUAAGGCUGUUUUGGGAUGAAACUGUGGAUCAGGGAGAAAGGAGUGGAUGGCAUGUGAAGCAGUUUAGCUGAAGAGUCAAAAUAUUUCCUAAAGUUCAGUAGAGGGUCCUGCCUGUUUUGGUGUCUGUCAGGGAUCUCAAGUCUCUUUCAGUUUAGAAUUUAGUCUCUUUUCUUGGUGAUACUACUAAAGAUUUCCUCAAGGGAAACUGGAAAGUCAGUGGAGCAGCACAGCCCUUUUUCUUCUCCGUGACCUUAAAGCACCCACAGCUCAUGGUGUCACUCCCCCGAUUUCUUUAGCUUUUCAUUGUAGUGUUGUUUGAAAGCUCCUCUGAGGUGUGAGGUUGCCCAGCUGGAAUAUCCUGACCAGCUGUGCUAAAUGCCUGCCCUCCUUUGAGCGCAGGGCUCUGUGCCUGCAGAACCAAGACUCAUGGUGUGGUGCCAGCUUGGAUGCCCCUGAUUAAAAAACAGAAAAAAGAUUGAAGUGAAGGCAAUAUUGGUGCAAAUUUCUGCAGGGUGGUCUCCAUCCCUAAAUGCUAGCAGUGGAACAAGACUGGAACACGCUGCCCAGGGACGUGAUUGAGUCGCCUUCCCUGGAGGUGUUUAAGGAACGGGUGGGUGAAGUGCUUGGGGACAUGUUUUAAGGGAGUGUUAGGAAUGGUUGGACUCGAUGAUCCAGUGGGUCCUUUCCAACCUGGUGAUUCUAUGAUUCUCUGACUUAUUUGUUAUGAGUCGAACGAGGAGCUGGAGUAGACAGGAGCUGAUGGUGGGCUGGCUGACUCACAGCAGCCAUUGCUACUGUUGCUUGCAAUGACCAGCACAAUUUAUUGAUGCAGCACUUGUUCUGUCAAAGGAGCGUGCCACCUGCAAUGCAUUUCCAGAAUUAAAAUACAAUGGACUGACUUUUGCAAGGUGAGUGGCUACUGGGGCCUCUGAAAACCAGUACUGCUAGGCUAUGCCGUCGUUGUUCUUUUCACUUAUUCAUCUCCUGUAGUCCUGGUGAGAUCUGUGGUAUAGGCAGGUUGUUGCCAUUGUAACUAACGGUGUCUAAAUCAUGGUGCCUAUCCUAAAUCAUGAGGACUUGGAGGACAGCUGUGUGGCCUGGACCUAUUCCUGCCUGCCUCAGACUUGCAGGUUAAAGACAGAGUUGCUGUGCUGGCAGCCUGCUCCCAGUCACCAUUUCUUGUAGGCUCUGUCAUAUAAUGGAAAAAAUCUGAGAGGAACAACAGUGGCAAGAGAAAAGCUUCAUCUGGCCUUGCCUUGCUUUCUGUCUGCUUCCAAAGAGUCCUUGGGGAAGACAAUCUCAUUCUUCAGCUGCAUCUGUUGUCUGUGUAGCAGCACCUCUGUCCUAGCUGAUUUUUGAGCCACAGGGAAGCAGAGAGGCAUGUCCAUGGCAGAUGAGGCUUCUUGGACACGUUCAGGAGUUGUUUGCACUCAUUCAAUAAAUACCACAAGAGUUGGGAAGCGUUGGACUUCCCAUGCACAUGUAGUUUGGCUCUUUUGGUAUUGCAGUGUGACUGGUGCAUUUGUGUGGGAGGAACCUUCCUUUCUUCUUGAUGACAUCUGUGAUCAGGCUGUUGGGCAUUUGCUGAUCCAGACCUCGUGAUGUCAACAGGCCCUGAUGUUGUCAGGGGAGACACAGAGCUGGAAAAUGAAGAACUAACACUUGCUCAUGCAGUUUCUGUCACAGGAGCAACUCACUGUUUGAACAGUGCUCCCCGUCUGCAGGUACACAGGGGAAGGCAGUUGUCACUCCAAGCCUUGAUUUAAAAAGUCCAUGAUGCAGAAACUGAGUCCAAAGAAUGAAGUUGAUGCCAUAGGCAGAGAUCGGAAUGUGAUCCAUUCCUUGACUGUAAUGCAGGACCGAGCUACUCAUCUGAUCUUAAAACACUGACAGCAUAGCAAACUGUUCAUUUUCCACAUCCAGACGACCAUCGCAGAUGGAGUGGUGCAUUUCACUGGUAAGAGAGAAGGAGCAAUGUGUUUAUUGAUAUAAAACAAAGUUUGAUAGUAAAUAUGACAGUGGUUUACAAGGUUUGAUGGCAAGGUGCACCUGAUUAUUUACUGCAUAGACGACAGGGUCAGACAAAACUGUCAGGGAGAUCCUCCCAUUGAGCCACAAGGCUCAGAAAGGACUUCCUUCCUUUCUAAACUCCUUCUCAGGGAGAAGUUUAGGUGCGACUGAAUCAAGAUUUACCCUCAGACCCGGUCAGCAGUUUAUCUCUAAAGGAUUAUAUAUGUGCAAUCAGUCCUUCAUAUCACUUAGCUAAGAUCUCAGAGUUAGCACGCUGUUAGUCAACGAGGAUCUCUUGUGGCAAGGAAUCUCUCAACCUCAAAAAGUAACCUUGAGAGGCAUCCAUAAUCAAGGAGAGAAACUGGAGAGCAGCCCAGUGCCAUGCAGGAGAGCUUGAUAGUCUCUGGGCUGUCCGCUGUGGAGUAAGAAGCUGGACGACUUGUCAUAUUUGCAUACUGACUGCGGAUGCCAGUUUCUUCCAGAGCUGGCUUGAGUUGGGCACCAACCAGCACAGUAGCCAAGUGGGCGCAUUACCAUAGAUUAUCCCUGGGCUAUUGUGGUGUUAUCUGUGUCCCUUGAAUCCACCUGAAGCCAGAUGGAUGCAACCAUCAGACCAAACACAUCAUGACCACUCCUGGUGCUUAUUUCCUGAUCAGGGUUAUGGGCAAAUGUCUGGGUGGUGUUUAUGUGUGUGCAUAACAGCCUAGCAAACUGUUCAUUUCCAACCUCCAGACCACUGCCUCUUCCCUGCCCGUGCCCAGAGUGAGGCUUCUCCGCACUAUCAGAAUGAGAGGGGCUAAUUGUGGCUCUUGCAGUCAGUAUGGAGGUUCCCAUACACUGAAGUGUAGCCUAGAGGCAGUGAUCCUUUAUGUUUGAGAAGUCACUGGGGCUGAUACCUGUUCUCUGGCUGUGCUUUUUGCUUCUCCUUUGCCCGUUGUUUGUCUCUUACUAAUUAUUGCUGUUUGCUGUUUUCUUCUUCUUUUGUCCUAAAUGGGAACUUGUCCUUGGUUCUGCUCCCAGCUGGGCAAGACAGCAGCACUGGGAAAACAUGCAGGAGUGUGCUAUGAGUGAAUGGCAACACUGAAUAAUAGAUAGGGAGCGUACAAGAAAGCUGGGGAGGGACUUUUUACAAGGGCAUGGAGUGAUAGGAUGAGGGGGAAUGGCUUUAAGUUGGAAGAGGGAAGAUUUAGAUGGGAUAUGAGGAAGAAAUUUUUCACAAGAGGGUGGUGAGGCACUGGCACAGGUUGCCCAGGGAAGUUGUGGAUGCCUCAUACCUGCAAGCAUUGAAGGACAGCUUGGAUGGGGCCUUGAGCAGCCUGGUCUGGUGAGAGGUGUCCCUGCCCAUGGCAGGGGAUUGGAAGUGGAUCUGUAAGGUCCCUUUCAACCCAAACUAUUCUAUGAUAUUCGAGCUAAGAAAACUUAAUGAAAUGUGGCAAAUCAACUGUGAGACCUGGGCUGUUAUUUUACUUAUACUUGGCGUGGCAUGCUGCUGAGAAACUUGCUUACCGGUUAAUAAGACUGCACUUGUGUUUUGCAGGGGCGCCCCAGCAUGCUACCUCCCUGCUGCAGUACUUCCUAGAAAGUUGCAUUUCCCGCUGAGGGCCUGUUUUCAGAAGAGUCCUGCAUAACCCAGUUCUGCAUCAACGUUCCUGAGCACUGGGCUUCAGCUCUGGGAUGCUGUGUUUGAGUGCAGCAGCACACCUGGUACCCAGGUGGGCUGUGGGAGUGGAGUGAGCCCAGGCAGCUCCCCAGGGUAGUGACAAGCAGCAUCAGUAAGUCAAUGGUGACGGAGGGCAAGGACAGUCUCUACUGGGUAUCUGUACAACAACUAACUCACUAAACCAGGCUGCCUUUUAUUUCUCAUUACUUACAGAAAGUAGGAGGACCUCAUCUCUUAUAAUCUUUAUCUGUGUGGGCAUGUUUUUGUUGGUGCCUGGAUGCCUGCUGAGUGCACAGCAGCAUUUACCUGGAUGUGCAUUUUCCACAAGGAUAUAUAGUCUGCUCACAAGAAAUGCAAGGACUGCUUGAGACAGUCCAAAAUGCUGCUGUGUCUUGACCUUGUGUGACAGAUGAAGAAUCGGGUCUGCAGAAGUACUCGAUUAUUCAAUAUUGAAUCAUAGAAUGGUUUGGGUUGCAAGGAACCUUAAAGAUGAUCCAGUUCCACCCCCACUGCCAUGUGCAAGGAUACCUCCCACUAUAUCAGGCUGCCCGAGGCCCCAUCCAACCUGGCCUUGAACACCUCCAGGGAUGGGGUAUCCACCAUUUCCCUGGGCAACCUGUUUUCAGUGUCUCACCACUCUCAUCAUGAAAAAUUUCUUCCAAAUGUUUAGUUUAAACAUUCCCCCUUCCAACGUACUCUUUUCCUGACUGAGGAGAGCACAGGAUGCUGCCUUCAGAUUAACCACUGGCUCUGAUCUGGGCAUGGUGUUAAGUGCUUUCCUAACCUAGGGCUCAAAUGUACCAAGUAGACACAAAUUCUGAACAAUUGAUUGUGGACUUCGUGUAACAGAGGUCUAUUCUUCUCAGGCCAUGUGGCUUCCCCCAGACCUCUGCUGUUUCCCUCUGCUUCACCGGCAGAGGCAGCAUUAGACAGUGUCUGGUGUGGCAUUAAGCAUUUCUGGACUGCCAAGGCUUAUUAAUGUCAUUUCUUGACUGAUGCAUAAACGAAGAGAUCAGAUUCUCUCUUCCUCCAGUUCUGCAGUGAAGCACCUGGGAUGUCCAAGGUAAAAGUCAGACUUUGCUAUUGGCCUCUGAAUACCAUCAAUAUUCCUGCUGUGAGGUGUUCCCUUCAGACAGCUGCUUUUAGCUAAGUCACAGCAGCAUUUCCCAUCCAUUCAGCCCUGAGCCAGAGCAGAAACUGUCACCUUACCUGUCUUGGGCAGGCUGGUGGUGAUGCAUCUGAGCUGAUUCUGGUUCUAGAAGGGUGUUCUGGCAUGGAGAACACUGGCUUGGGCAAUGUUGAUGUGUGGGAUUGAACAUGCUGCACAUAACUCAUUACCAAAGGGGAUUUUCCUGGUGUUCCUAAGGGCUGUGAGCCGGAGGCUGGUCCCAGGAGCAUGUCAGUUCUUCAAAGAUGUUAGAAGAGUUGAAAGAAUUCUGACACCUUCUGAGGCCUGAAAAUAUUCUGAAAUAUUUCUUUGAUUAAACCCAGGCAGUCUCCUCAGAUGCUCUGAGAGGAAUCAAGCAGAGAAGGAGAAAAUGAGAAGGGAGGAUGGCAGGUAGGUGUUAACAAAAUGUAUUGCAGAGGUUUAUGGAGGAUCUCAUUACAACACAGAACUCCGUGUCACCACGGCUGCCCUCUGCUUGCCCCUUUCUACCUCCUGGAAAUGUAAUGAGCUGAAACUCCUUAAGGUCAACAGUUGGAUUUAAAUGUUACGUGUUUCGCAGUGCAGUGGUUUUUAUAAUAACUAUAUUCCCUUUUUGGCCUUAUUUAAAUAAUAAAUGUUCUUAAAUGGUUAUUCAUUUGCAGUCUAGAAGAUAAAGGGAAGGCUCUAUGUGGGUAUGACCUGUGCUGUGAAUGCCAGUGUCUCUCCUGCAUUGUUCCUCCCCGUGUUCCAGUUAUCCUCAAAGUGCCUCAGUGCACCCAGGAGUUGGGCGGUGGGAAUUUCUGCUCUGGCCCAAAUGCAGCCCUUGGUUUAGUUCUGAGCAUAUGUAGGCAAAUGUCUGGUGAUGUGACCAGAGGUGGCUCGUUUGGGGGUCAUUGUCCCCCUUGUUCCCAGCCUCCCGUUCCAGGAGCCACCAGGCCACCCCACCUGACCUUGCAUCAGACAGGCCUUUCUGCUGAUGUGUUCCACUGUCCUGCCCUGACAAAACAAGUGCUUCAGAGCGUUUGUGGACUUAAAACUGACUGCACAAAUGAUGGGAUUUGUUUCCCCAGGGGCAGACAGAAAAAUGAAACGUGCAAAGCAACAAGGGCUUCUCUUAACUUCAGAGAGGUUCUUCACACUGGUGUCCUGGUGCAAUGUUGCCAGUGAAAAAAACUCCCCCAGACCUCAGGCUGGAUUUCCCUGGAAGUACUCAAUUUAUGCUUAAUAGGAAGAGGCUUAGGACAGCAGAUGGCAUAUGCAUGCCGACUGUGUUGCUUUGCUGACUGAGAGCCCAGAAAAGCUGCCUAGGGACAGCUUCUCCUCAGAGAGCUUAAAGGACUGGACAUAGCAGAGUGAGCAGAAGAUGAGCUCUUGUACUGCUCCUCAAGGCUAUAUGAAGUUAGCAUAGAGGAGGAUGCAGUGGGAAAGGCAAUUUUCUCUGAUUUGGAACUUCUCCAGCAGUUUUAACAUGAUGGAAGAAUUCAUGAUGGAUUUAUAUGUCAGUCCUUGAUCAAAGCAUCAAAAUCUACUUGAGAAUCUAUUUCUGGUGAAGCUUCCAAGUGACAAUUCUAAGAGAAUAUUGGAUAUUUAGGUCUUUACUGAGCAACCAAAGUCUCAGUUUUGCUACUCACUUGGGUUUUUUUUUCCUGUUUAGUGGUGUUUUUUUCAGAACUGUUUCUCUAUUUUUAGUUGAGUUCAUCAAGAUCUUUAUUUUUCUGUGCAAAACAAUUUCCAACAUGGUUUUGUUGAAAUCUCUGAUGAAAAAUUUGUGGAUGUGUUUAGUGAAGUUCUGUGUGUGAAAAAACAAUUUCCAUGUGCAAGAAACAAUACAAAAACAUUUAAGCUUUCAUUUGAAGUAAAUUCCUUGUUUAUCAAACAUUAAAAUAAAAAGCCAA